AUGCAUUCCGUUGUGGCGUUGUUACUAGCCUACUUAAUAUGCAGGCUCUUUGGCGGCAAAGUGGCUUCUGUGUGGCUUGCCUACGUGGUAUUCAUGUCUUACUUGUCUAUCGGCUACGUCAUGACGGACAAUGGUGCCUAUGACUUGGAGUGGACAGUUCCGCAUUGCGUGUUGACUCUUCGACUCAUUGGUUUCAUUUUCGAUUUGUACGAUGAUGCGGAAGCCAAGUUGCAGAAAACCGACAUGAACCAUUGUAGUGACAAGCUUCGUACGUCUCGCCCCACCUUGUUGGAAAUCGCAGCGUAUAUGUACUUUUAUGGCGGCUGUUUAGUUGGACCGCAGGUUUGUGUUAGCCAGUGUUUUUAUUAUUUAUUUAUUAUGCAAAUUUACGGCUCAUUUUUUAUUGUCAACACUUGUUUUUGCGUUCCCAUAUGUAAUAAGAAAUCUCAUCCUAUUCUUUUGUCAUAUGAAGGCAAAUUUUCUUCUUAAAA